UCUCUCCAUUGGAACCAUCCAUCUACAAGAAAAAGUUCAAUAGCUAAUGAAUUCAUCAAGUCCAAUCUUCAACCACAUAACCUUAAAUUACUUAUCAAAAUGCCAGACCCUAAGCUCUCUGAAGCAAGUCCAUGCCCAAAUGGUAACCACAGGCCUCACUCACCACACUUACCCUCUCAGCAAGCUCCUCUAUUUAUCCUCCACUUUAGCCUUACCUCAUGCCCUCACAAUCUUUAACCAAAUCCCAAACCCAACAAUUUUCCUUUACAACACUCUCAUUUCCUCAGUACUAUCAUCAACCAACCGAAAAUGUGAAACCCAACUUGCUUUUUCCUUGUAUGAAAGAGUUCUUUGGGAUAAAACAAUUAUACCCAAUUCCCACACUUACCCUUCUCUUUUCAAGGCUUGUGGUUCUCAUCUCCAUGGUCUAGCUCUACAUGCCCAUGUGUUAAAAUUCCUUGGACUUGCAUAUGAUGAUUUUGUCCAAACCUCAUUGCUUAAUUUCUAUGCCAAGUAUGGCAAAUUGGGUGUGGCUAGAUGUUUGUUUGAUCAAAUUAGGAGCCCAGAUUUAGCUACUUGGAAUUCAAUGUUAUCCGCUUAUGGUAGUGGUGUUACUAGUGAGGAGGAGGACACUAGUGUAUCAAUGGAGGCUUUAUGCCUAUUCACUGUGAUGCAGAAAAACCCUUUAGUUAAGCCAAAUGAAGUUACGUUGGUAGCUUUAGUUAGUGCUUGUGCAAAUUUAGGUGCUCUUUGUCAAGGUAUAUGGGCGCAUGUUUAUGUGUUGAAGUACAAUAUUAAGUUAAAUUAUUAUGUGGGUACUGCUUUGAUAGAUAUGUACUCAAAAUGUGGGUGUUUGGACUUGGCAUAUCAGGUGUUUGAUGAAUUGCCUGAAAGAGAUAUAUUAUGUUAUAAUGCAAUGAUUGGUGGAUUUGGUAUUCAUGGUUAUGGUCACAAGGCACUUCAACUUUUUGAGAAAAUGAAGUUUCAAAGGUUAGUGCCUGAUGAUGUGACAUUUGUUGUUACAAUGUGUGCUUGCUCACAUGUUGGGUUAGUAGACGAGGGUUGCAAGGUUUUUGAGUCAAUAAAUGAAGAUUAUGGUAAGGAGCCAAAGCUUGAACAUUAUGGGUGCUUGAUAGACAUUUUAGGUAGAGCUGGGAGGGUUCAAGAAGCUGAAGAAAAGCUCAAGGGAAUGCCAAUGAAACCCAAUGCCAUUUUAUGGAGGUCUUUACUUGGGGCAGCAAGGGUUCAUGGUAAUUUACAAGUUGGGGAAAUUGCAUUGAAGCAUUUACUAGAACUUGAGCCAGAAACUAGUGGGAACUAUGUACUUUUAUCAAAUAUGUAUGCAAGCAUUAAUAGAUGGGAAGAUGUUAAAAGAGUGAGGAAAUUAAUGAAGGAUCAUGGGAUUAAUAAAAUGCCAGGUAGUAGCUUAGUUGAAGUUAAUGGUGCCAUGCAUCAAUUCCUGAUCGGAGACAAAACUCACCUGUGGUCGAAACGAAUUUAUUCGAAGCUCGAAGAAGUUGGCAAAAGGUUACAGCAAUAUGGUCAUAAGCCUAGAACUAAAGAAGUGUUGUUUGACAUAGAUGAGGAGGAAAAAGAAGAUGCACUUACUUACCAUAGUGAAAGGGACUAUUGGUGAGAUAGUGUUAAAAGGUAGUGUUUGAAUGCAAAAAAAGUUUGGUUAUAAAGAGGUUAGUCAUCUUUGAUUUUAAA